CCCUUUUCCAUUUCCGAAGCGAUCCAACACAGCAUCGCAACUCUUCCUUUGAUUUCAUUUCAAUUUACUUCCCAAAUCAACAGUACCCUCUGACACGCUAAAUUCACAGUUUGGGCAUCAUGCAGGCAUCAAGAGCUAGGCUGUUCAAGGAGUACAAAGAGGUUCAACGAGAGAAAUCGGCUGAUCCUGAUAUUCAACUAGUUUGUGAUGAUUCUAACAUUUUUAAAUGGACGGCACUGAUCAAGGGACCCUCGGAGACUCCUUUUGAGGGGGGUGUCUUCCAACUUGCAUUUUCGGUUCCAGAGCAGUAUCCUCUACAGCCGCCCCAAGUCAGGUUUCUGACUAAAAUAUUUCACCCAAACGUGCACUUCAAGACGGGGGAGAUUUGUUUGGAUAUCUUGAAAAAUGCUUGGAGCCCAGCUUGGACACUUCAGUCUGUAUGUAGGGCUAUAAUUGCUUUGAUGGCACAUCCAGAACCCGACAGCCCACUGAAUUGUGAUUCAGGUAAUCUUUUGCGCUCCGGUGAUGUUAGAGGGUACCAAUCAAUGGCCAGAAUGUACACCAGGCUUGCAGCAAUGCCAAAGAAAGGCUGAAUAAUUUCAGAUAACUUGCUUUUCUGUUUGUCUCCGUGCUUGCCAGCGACAAGAAAAUCAGUGUGUUAAAGUGUCCAAAGACAUAUUGUAACAAGCUAGCAAUAUAUAUGGAAAACAAACCAAAAUGCUAGCAAUAUAACUUCUGAUGUACUGUUCUAUUAUCAAUGAAUGAAAUACGCUUUCCAAUUCAACCAAAAAAAAAAAAA